AUGAAUACAUUACCAAGUUCUUCGAGACAUCAUCAUACUCCCAUCCGUGAGUUACCCAGACACGACAGAACUGGUAGCAUUAUAAGUAACGCAGCUACCAGUGAUCAACAUGCUGGCCAAAGUGGCUCCAGACAUCACAUCCAUGGUCUUAGCUUCGACCCAGCUUCUUACGAUUAUGAUGAAGAAGACGAUGGCCGGAAUAGCGAUGAGGAUUCCGAAGGCGAGCCUGCCUCUAACGAUAUGGAGUUCUGGCUUCAACGAUGUUCGAUCUGCUUUGAUGCAUAUCUAGACUUUUGCCUUGAGUGCUGUCGUGACCAAUUCUGUCAUGACUGUUUCCAGCGGUAUGUUAAGGAGGUUGUCAGCAACUCUUGGGGUCUUAAUGUGACAAAAAUCAAAUGUCCUGUUUGUCAAGACACAAUACCGUUUACUGAAUGGUCAAAGUACGUUGACCAAGUAACACUUAAACAAUAUCUACAGUACAAUCAGCCAUACCGCUCAUUCUCACGUUUCUGCAAUGAAUGCGAGCAUGAAAUGAUCAUUUCAAAAGUUAACCCUGCUGUCAUAAAC